UGCACCCAAUUAUGUCAAAUCUGACCACACUGCAUCGAAUUCUUCGAAUAAAAAAUUGCGAAUACAUCAGUUUAUAUAAAUCUGUUUGCAAGCAAGAAGCUGAGAGUUAAUGCGACGAAGUAGUAACAUUUCUAUACAAAAAUUCCCUCACCAUGUCGAAAGAAAAUAUUAAUUUACCUAAAGCUCCAAAAGACUUAUGUUUCAUGGAACUUGAAUUCAUUCAGAAAAAUUUCAAUGUCGAUACCUUCCUCCAAGAGCACAGAAAAAGUUCAAAAUUGGAGACAAUGCGAGAUGAUUUGGGAAUAUAUUUAAAAUUAUUGAGAUCUGCGAUGAUUGAUUUGAUCAACAGAGAUUACAUAGAUUUUGUAAACUUGUCAAGUAAUUUGAUUGGCCUAGAUACAGCUAUCAAUGACCUGCAAACACCAUUAGGUCAAUUAAGAGAAGAAGUAAUGCAAGUACGGCAGACGUUAGACGACGAGAUUGCAGCAGUUUCUAAUAAUAUAAACGAGAAGAAAAAAAUCAGAGAAUACAAACAGAGUCUGUUUAGUCUGCAACAUAUUUAUAAAUCAUUGAAUAAGCUAUCGUCUGUGUUAUCUCUAAAUGCAUUCCUCGAAAGCCCCACUAAAAUAGAUAUUUUAGAACAAGCUGCCGCGGAACUUAAUCUGUUACAGUUUCACAUGUCCAGGUGUAAAUUAGAUAUUAUAAAUGAUAAGAAGAAGGAAGGCGAACAACUUGAGCAAUCUUACAUGAUGCAUCUUAAUGAAUUUUUCUUAGCAUGUAUACAAGAAAAAAAUUCAGCUCUGUUAAUUCGUUGUUUGAGAAUUUAUGUCAUACUUGACAAAAUAAGGGAUGCAGAGAAUUUAGUAAGAAAAGAAGUUGUUGGUCCGCUGGUCCACAACGUGAUCAAUGUUGAAAAUAUACAAAUUGACUUACUCGGUUUGCAAAGUAUCUAUAACAGAUUGUUAAAUAUUUUGAGUGUAGAGCUCAAACAACUUUUAUAUAUUACACUACAUCCUAAUAGAUUUUCCGUAAAAGGCUUUAAUUUCUUAGUAAACAGUUUUUGGAUCGACGUGGAAGAGAAAAUUGAGCAAUACAUAAAAUGUAUUUUUGCUCCGGGAGAUCCAGUAUUAUUUCACUCGAGAUACGUAGCGACUUUGGAGUUUUUAGAAAAAUUAGAAACUGAAUGUGUCACGCCUGAUUCUUUGAUUGCAUUAAAAGAGAACGAACAGUAUAAGAACUUUCUGAAGAAGUGGAAUUUACCAGUAUAUUUUCAAAUACGAUUUCAAGAAAUAGGUAGUGUCGUUGAGUCGAUUUUAACAAAAUCGAUAUCGCCAACAUCCAUAAAAGAAACUUUGGAUUCUCUCACUCAAAAUGAAUUUUCUCUUCACGCAACGCACGUUGUGUGGGAGAAUCUGCAAAGAAUUUGGGCCGAUGAUAUAUACCUUUAUCAGCUCUUUCAUCAGUUCUGGAAAUUUGGUCUCCAAAUAUGUGCCAGAUAUCAAACGUGGUCCCAAACGGCGCUCAAAGAAGUAUGGUCGAUGGAAAGUGAUGUCGGUAAUUUCAACAAAGCAGAACAUUCCACGAAACUUAAUUUCUUAGUAUGUUUAUAUAAGGAUAUAGAGAAAAUGAUAAAAAUGCUUCCCUUCCUUCUGGAAACUGCUCGAAAGAAACUCAAACAACAAACUCCAAGAGUAUUAAAAUUAUUAGAAGAUUCUCUCGACGAAACUACAGAAAAUUUAAGAACACUUUUGCCAUGGGUCUCUGAAGAAAUUGUGAAUGAACUUUUGAGACAAUGUGUAACUCAUUUAAAACAAGUCAGUGACAUUCCAAGAUUAUUUAGACGAACGAAGAGAGACGUACCGACAAAACCAUGCGCCUAUGUCAAGAACGCGCUUGCUUUCCUCAUUAACUUUCAUUCAAAUUACAAGAAAGUUAUACCAGAUAAUGUUAAUUGCUGGUUGGAAUCAGCUUUCUCUUCGCUGACUGAACAUUAUCUAGCUUCCGUGACAGACGUGUUGACCUCGGUACAAAAAACUGAGGAGAGUUUAAGGAGAUUGAAAAAAAUACGUGACAAAUCCACGGGUGCCCUUUCUUCUGAAGUUCAAGGAAUCAGCGACGAUGAAAAAAUACGUAUUCAACUGCAAGUUGAUGUACAAGCUUAUGUGAACAUGAUUAGUGAAAUCGAGAUUUCAACUUCGAAUGUACGCUAUAUAGAAGAGCUAUUACAUGCCGCUGAAACAUCAACAAGGAGAGAUACCGACGAAAAUACUCAUCUGACAUAGACCUCAGACGGGAAUGAAAACAUUCGAUAGAACGUCUAUAGCGUAUGUAGACUUGGCAACGAACGUGUUAACGGUUAAAUUAAUGUAUUAUUUACAUACAUAUAUUUAUAUUAUACAAGUUGCGCUUACAUUUUAUUUACGCAUUGGUAA